AAUGCACUAGACAUAGUGCGGGCCAUAGUGUAUAUUUACCAGCUGAGUAAUGCUGGGCGGAGUUUCUAUUGCAGGAAGCAGGAAGUCACAUACAGUGUAAACUUGUUUUGCCUACACAGGUCUGAACAGGACUUGUGAGCUGCUGAACUGACGGACUUCACGGAAAUAAAUUCAGUGUUUCUCUGCUAUGGAUCAGUGUGAGGACAGAGAGGAGGGAUUCCCUCCCUCUAAAAGCUCUCUGUGUGGGGAACAUGACAGCCAGACCAAAGCUCAGAGCCAAGAGCAGCAGAGACCAGACUUUGCUGGACCAGAACCCACCAAGAGCCACCAGACCAUGGAGACAGCUUCAGAGUUUAAAGGAGAACACACUGCUGAUACUCAGGUUCAACAGCAGAGACCAGACUCACCUGUACACAGCUGUGUGUCCAUGAAGAGUGACUGGUCCAUGCUUGAACCUUAUAACUUCAGAGAUGAACAUCACUCUGUUGAAGAAAGGGAUCAACAGCAGAGACCAGACUCUCCUGUGGUCAGCUGUGUGUCCAUGAAGAGUGACCAGUCCAUGAUUCCACCUCUUAAAUUCAGAGAUGAACAUCACUCUGCUGAACAAAGAAUUCAGCAGCAGAGGUCAGAGGUUCCCAGUGGUCAGUCUGUCCAGCAGCAUCCAACAGACCUGGACUCCAUAUUUAUGCAUCUUGAGGAGAACAUCGUCACUUUUGUGAAGAACGAGCUGAAGAAGAUCCAGAAUGUUCUGAGUUCAGAUUACACAGAAUGUUUAAAGAGGCACAGUGAGGAUGAGGACGUGCUGGAAGGUGAGGAGGAAGAGCAGAGGAGGACCAGCAGAGAGGCAUUUCUGAAGAUCACACUGUACUUCCUGAGGAGAAUGAAGGAGGAGGAGCUGGCUGACUGUCUGCUGAGCAGAACUCGUACUGCAGAGUGUCGUCAUGAACUCAAAACUAACCUGCAGAAUAAGUUCCAGUGUGUGUUUGAGGGGAUCGCUAAAGCAGGAAACCCAACCCUUCUGAAUCAGAUCUACACACCGCUCUACAUCACAGAGGGAUGGACUGCAGGGGUCAAUGAUGAACAUGAGAUCAGACAGAUUGAAACAGCAUCCAGGAAACCAGUCAGACCAGAAACAAAAAUCAGACGAGAAGACAUCUUUAAAGCCUCACCUGGAAGAGAUGAACCAAUCAGAACAGUGAUGACAAAGGGAGUGGCUGGCAUUGGGAAAACAGUCUUAACACAGAAGUUCACUCUGGACUGGGCUGAAGACAAAGCCAACCAGGACAUACACUUCACAUUUCCCUUCACUUUCAGAGAGCUGAAUGUGCUGAAAGAGAAAAAGUACAGCUUGGUGGAACUUGUUCAUCACUUCUUUACUGAAACCAAAGAAGCAGGAAUCUGCAGGUUUGAAGAGUUCAAGGUUGCAUUCAUCUUUGACGGUCUGGAUGAGUGUCGACUUCCUCUGGACUUCCACAACAAUGAGAUCCUGACUGAUGUUACAGAGUCCACCUCAGUGGAUGUGCUGCUGACAAACCUCAUCAGGGGGAAACUGCUUCCCUCUGCUCGCCUCUGGAUAACCACACGACCUGCAGCAUCCAAACAGAUCCCUCCUGAGUGUGUCGACAUGGUGACAGAGGUAAGAGGGUUCACUGACCCACAGAAGAAGAAGUACUUUAGGAAGAAAUUCAUAGAGGAAAAGCAGGCCAGCACAAUUAUCUCCCAUGUUGAGACAUCACGAAGCCUCCACAUCAUGUGCCACAUCCCAGUCUUCUGCUGGAUCACUGCUACAGUUCUGGAGGAUGUGUUGAAAAGCAGAGAGAGAGGAGAGCUGCCCAAGACCCUGACUGAGAUGUACAUCCACUUCCUGGUGGUUCAGUCCAAACUGGAGAACGUCAAGUAUGAUGGAGGAUCUGAGUCAGAUCCACCCUGGAAUAAAAAAAGCAAAAAGAUGAUUGUGUCUCUUGGAAAACUGGCUUUUGAGCAGCUGCAGAAAGGCAACCUGAUCUUCUAUGAAUCAGACCUGACAGAGUGUGGCAUCGAUAUCAGAGCAGCCUCAGUGUACUCAGGAAUGUUCACACAGGUCUUUAAAGAGGAGAGAGGGUUGUACCAGGACAAGGUGUUCUGCUUUGUCCAUCUGAGUGUUCAGGAGUUUAUGGCUGCUCUUCACGUCCAUCUGACAUUUAUCAACUCUGGAGUCAAUCUGCUGGAAGAAAAACAUUCAACAUCCCUGCACCCUAAACCAGAGAGAAACAAAACAAAACUGACACGUUUCUACCAGAGUGCUGUGGACAGGGCCUUAAAGAGUCCAAAUGGACACCUGGACUUGUUCCUUCGCUUCCUCCUGGGUCUUUCACUGCAGACCAAUCAGACUCUCCUACGAGGUCUGCUGACACAGACAGGAAGUAGCCCACAGACCAAGCAGGAAACAGUUGAGUACAUCAAGGAGAAGCUCAGUGAGAAUCUGUCUGCAGAGAGAAGCAUCAAUCUGUUCCACUGUUUGAAUGAACUGAAUGAUCGUUCUCUAGUGAAGGAGAUCCAACAGUACCUGAGAUCAGGAAGUCUCUCCACAGAUAAACUGUCUCCUGCUCAGUGGUCAGCUCUGGUCUUCAUCUUACUGUCAUCAGAAAAAGAUCUGGACGUGUUUGACCUGAAGAAAUACUCUGCUUCAGAGGAGGCUCUUCUAAGGCUGCUGCCAGUGGUCAAAGCCUCCAACAAAGCUGUGUAA